AUGAACGAACAUUUGAACUUACUAAGGGCAGAAUAUUUACGCUUACAAAAAGAUUAUGCAGAUUUGAAAAGAGAUUACGAUAUAUUGGUGGCUGCUUCACAAGAUUCCAAUGAAACUGCUGUAAAUCCAUCCGUUUCUUUUGUGCAGAAACUGAUGACAAUGGUGUCACAGCUGUUUGACAAGGAUUUAUAUAGGUUAGCUGUCAAGCCUUCGACUGAUAUAACCGUUCACUGUAACGGCCAUCAACUACGUGCUCACAGGUUUGUAAUUGCCUCUCGAACUAAUUAUUGGAACGACUUGUCAGUGCUUGAUCGUAUCGACUUUAACGAUUUGACAUAUAAUGUUGCUUAUAUUGUUAUUAAAUGGAUGUAUACGGAUCAGUUGGAGGGCCAUUUGGGCGACUCGUUAUUAAUUGAGGUUCUGUCUGCAGCUAAUAAGUACGAGUUGCAGGAACUUCAAGAAAGAUGUGAAUUGAUUUUGAUUGGCCGCUUGGAUGUUUCUAACUGCGUUCGGCUGUAUGAAAUUGGUGAGGAAAAAAAUCUAGAAAGGCUUAAAAAUGCCUGUUGCCAACUUUUCUCAGCCCGAUGGAAUGAUUUCACCCCUGAUCUUUUCACCGAUAUGUCUGCAGCGCUCCUCUAUCGAAUUCUUAGAAGCUACUGCAAGUUUUUAUUGCAUUCGAUUAUUCGUAUUCGGAGAGGCGAUGUGCUUUUCUUGUUUUUUGUCGACUUUUCCGAAACAGUAGGCUUUUGCUCUUCUCGGAUAAAGAUUUUUAAUUUCUUCUUGACAGAUGGUAAAUUGCUGUCUGGGGAGUUAUGUAAUCAGUACGACGACAAAGAUUUUUUGCCUUUGGAUAUUGCUUUUGCUGUCAAUGAUUUUGAAAUUGCCUCAUCUCUCGUAUCUCAUGGCGCCGACCUUGAUAUUAUUGACAAAAAUGGAAAAACUUUUCUAGUCAAAGCUGUUGAAAAAGGCAGAUUAUUUCCUUUAUCUGAAAAUAAUCCUUACCUUAAUAAUUAUGCGCUUUGGCGCCUGAACUGCUGUGAUUUCAUAGUUUCAAAAGGUGGUCGAACUGACUUCCAGCUCCCCAAUACUGGCGAAAAUCUUUUGCAUGUUUUGGCAAAGACAAAAUGCUCUGAUGAAACAGUAUCCUGGUUUAGUGAUAGGAUCUCCGUUUUUGAUGUCAAUGGUUUGGACAAACAUUCCAGUUGUCCACUACUUACUGCAGUUGAGGCUGGCAAUCAGAAAGUUAUUGACUUUUUGCUUUCUGUCUCAUUCGUUAAUCCAAAUUUGAUUGAUGCAUCUGGACGUACCCCUCUUUCAGUUGCUUUAUUCGAAAAGAGAGAUUAUACUCUAGCUGGCAACCUUGUGGACUGUGGCAGCAUUGUUGAUUCUGAGUAUAAUGGAGAGUCACUUAUUCAUCGUGCUGUUAAAGAAGGUGAUCUUGGUGCAUUACAAUUCUUGUGUAGAAAGAAUGCUGAAAUUAACUCUCCAAAUCGUGAGGGUAUGUUCGCGCUUCAUCUUGCUGCGCAUCAAGAUGUUUUUAAUGAAGAAAUGUUUCGCCUUUUGCUGAAAUAUGGUGCUGAUUUAUCAUUAACUUUGGAUAAAGAUGGCUCUACAAUCUUUCAUUACGCUGUAGAUUGCGAGAAUGGUGAAAAAAUAUUGGAAAUUAUUUUAGAAACAAGGAACGAUGGAAAGUUGCCAUUGUCGGUAAAAGAUAAAAGUAAUCGAAGCGCGUUUGCUAAGGCUGUGCUCCAGAACAACUUUGCUUGUGCUAAGAUUUUAAUCAAGGCAGGAGCUGAUAUUAAUGAAACCGAUGGCAAAAAAACUUUGUUUCUACUAUCACUUCUGAGUGGUAACGACAAGGCUGCCGUUUUUUUGUUGGAUAAUGGGGCAGAUGCAAGUGUACGGACUGUCGAUGGCAAAUCUUGUUUGCAUGUAGCUGUGGAAUUAGACCUCUUAGGUGCGGUUCGCAGUUUGUGCAAAAGUGGAGCGGACUUGAAUGCUAAAGACCCUGUUACUGCUGUGCCACCAUUAUGGACGGCUCUUGAAAACGGGUCCUACGAUGUAGCUUAUGUGCUCGUGGAACAUGGUUGCGAUCUAGAAGUUUUGAUUGAUGAUAAAGAAGAAUUUUGCUCAGAAACUAUGCUUUACAAAGCAAUUAAUAACGAGAUGAGUGAUGCAGCCAAUUUUUUGAUAGAAAAUGGGUGCGACGUUAAUUCAUUGCGGAAAUUUCGUAAGCAGGAUACACAGGAUUCACGUACUUCUUUACACAUCUGUUUGGAAAAAGGUCUUGAAGAAGUUGCUAUCGCAUUGAUUAAAAAUGGUGCCGAAAUUGGAAGUCAAGAUUCUGAUGGGAGAACACCAGCCCAUAUUGCUGUACAAAAAAGAUACGACGAGGUGUUAAAAAUGAUACUGAAUAAAAAUGAUAUUUCAUUUUUGUUUCUACGAGACCGAUACGGUGCUACACCUCUCGUAACUGCAAUGCAGGUAAAAAAUAAUGCUGCCGCCGAAGCGAUUGUUAGUGCAGCUCCAUGUGCAAUUAUGCAGUUCAACGGCAACGGUGAAAAUUUGCUGCACAAUAUGGUCAAAGCUGUGGACUUUGAAAGCGUUUUGUUCUUAUUAGCACUGCAUUUUAAUGUCAAUGUACCCACACAAAAUGCAUCUCGUUUAACACCGUUACACAUGUGUGCGGAAAAUGGCAAUGAAAUCAUUAUGCCAGGAGCAGAUGUGAAUGCGACAUCAGCGAAAGGUUUUACACCUCUCCAUAUUGCAGCUUACCAUAAUCGGAGGGAACUUUGUUAUAUACUGUUAGAGAAUGGUGCGUCGGCCAAAUUGGUAGAUCAAAAUGGCAAUACCGCACUGCAUUCAGCUACGUUGAAAGGGAGUACGGAGGCUGUGAAAUUGUUGAUAGAAGAGUCAGAUGUUGUUCCUCGUACUGUCAAUAAAAAACAACAAACUGCGCUUAUUCUUGCCGCAAAUGAAGCUUCAUCGUUCUCCUCUGUGGAAAUUUUGAGAGUAUUUAUGAACGCUGAUCCUGAUUAUCCUGUUGAUGCUCAAGAUUCAAAUGGGAAUACAUUGUUUUUGCUAGCUUAUAUGAAUGGAAAUGCGGAACUCUGCAGAUCACUUUUACGAUACAAUAUAUGUUUUGCCGUAACUAAUAAUUUUGGUGUCUCUGUAUUUAAUUUUGAAACUCCAACAAAGCAGUUACUUUUUUCUUUACUUGAUGGCCUGAUAAAAGAACCAAGAUGGGCAGAAGGUGAAAUAUGUUCAGAAUGUGAGGCGAAAUUCUCCUUGACGAUAAGAAAACACCAUUGUCGGCACUGUGGUCGUUUGGUUUGUGCAAAGUGUUCCGAGCAUACGAUCCCUAUAUUGAAAUAUGAUCUCCAAAAAGCAGUUCGAGUGUGCCGAAUUUGCUCCGAUGUUUUAACAAUCGGUAUCCAACAGUGGAUGUGA